AAUAAGCGUACGGCGGCUAUCUGCUAAUGUGUGUUGGCUACAAAGGAAAGAAUAAAAAAAAGGAUAAGAAAUCAAACAAACAGCAAAAACCUUCACCCGUCGCAGUUCCAAAAGCUCCUCCACCACUGAAGACACCUCCGCCAGUAGCAGUGUCUGAUCUCAAAGGCGUUAACACCGAAAAAAAAAAACGCAAGGAAGAAGAAUCGGAUAACACUUUGACAGAUAUUCCCCCAUAUAUGCCUGACAUGGAGCUGGAGGAUUUUGAUUAUCGUCAACAGUUAAUCUUAGACGAACAUCUUUUGUGA